AAGAAGCCCUAUUGAUUCAAAAUGGCUCCUGAUCUUGCAAAGGCAAAGAUGUUGACUGUGUUGACCAUUGACGGAGGAGGCAUUAGAGGGAUAAUUCCCAGUGUCCUCCUCGGCUUUCUUGAAUCUAAGCUUCAGGAAUUGGAUGGGCCCAAAGCAAGAAUUGCAAAUUAUUUCGACAUAAUUGGAGGAACAAGUACAGGUGGGCUAGUCACCACCAUGCUUACAGCCCCCAAUCAGGACAACCGACCCCUCUUUGCUGCAAAGGACAUCACCAAAUUCUAUUUAGAUGAAUCUCCCAAGAUUUUUCCCCAAAGCAGGCAACCCAGUUUUGAGAGUUUAAUAAUGGCACGCAUGCUCAGUUACCUCGGUAUGAAGACGGGGCCCACGUACGACGGGAAGUACUUGCAGUCGAGGACAAACGAACUACUUGGUGACCUAACACUGAAACAGACUCUAACACGUGUGAUCAUACCAACCUUCGAUGUCAAGCUCCUUCAACCAGUGAUCUUUUCGACCAACGAUGCAAUACUGAACGAUUUGAAGAACGCUAGGCUAGCAGAUAUUUGCAUCGGCACCACUGCAGCCCCCACUUAUCUUCCAGCACACUACUUUGAGACAGGAAAUGCUGAAGGAAACACUAAAAUUUACCAUCUCAUUGAUGGCGGGAUUGCUGCUAUCAAUCCUACGUUGCUGGCCAUAAGCGAGAUUAUGAAAGAAUUAUUGAUGCAAGAGAAUGCUGGUUAUUCUAUUGAAAACAAGAGAAUGCUGGUUGUGUCAUUGGGCACAGGUGGGGCAAAGUAUGCAGUGAAGUAUACAGCACCAGCAGUCUCAAAGUGGAGUAAGUUAGAUUGGGUACUCUCAAGGCCAAUCACCAAAGGUGGAAGUCCAUUAUACGACAUAUAUAGCGACGCAGGUGCUGAUAUGAUCGACAUUCAUGUGUCCACCCUCUUCCAAGCCCUUCGUAAUUGCGAGGACAAAUACCUUCGUAUUCAGGAUGACACAUUAACUGGAGAUGCCUCAUUAGUUGAUAAAGCUACCGAGAAGAAUUUGUUUAGACUUGAGGAUAUUGGGAAGGAGCUAUUGAAGAAGCCAGUGUCAAGAGUGAAUUUGGAAACUGGCAGGUUUGAGAAAAUUGAGGGCGAGGGUACUAAUGAAGAAGCACUUGCCAACUUUGCCAAACUGCUUGUGGAGGAAAGGAAGUUCCGGCAAAACCAGUGA